AUCUUGGCAGAUGAUAUGGGCUUGGGGAAGACUGUUCAAAUCAUUGCUUUUCUCUCUGGUAUGUUUGAUGCUUCACUUGUGAAUCAUGUGCUGUUAAUCAUGCCAACCAAUCUCAUCAGCAUGUGGGUAAAAGAAUUUGCCAAAUGGACUCCAGGAAUGAGAGUCAAAACCUUUCAUGGCCCUAGCAAGGAUGAACGUACCAGAAACCUCAACCGCGUUCAGCAAAGAAAUGGUGUUGUUAUCACUACAUACCAAAUGUUAAUCAACAAUUGGCAGCAGCUUUCAAGCUGUAAUGGCCAAGCAUUUGUGUGGGACUAUGUCAUCCUUGAUGAAGCACAUAAAAUAAAGAGCUCAUCUACUAAAUCAGCAAUAUGUGCUCGUGCUGUCCCUGCAAGUAAUCGCCUCCUCCUCACAGGAACCCCGAUCCAGAAUAAUUUACAGGAACUAUGGUCCCUAUUUGAUUUUGCUUGCCAAGGAUCCCUGCUAGGAACAUUAAAAACUUUUAAAAUGGAAUAUGAAAAUCCUAUUGUUAGAGCAAGAGAGAAGGAUGCUACUCCAGGGGAAAAAGCCUUGGGACUUAAGAUAUCUGAAAACUUAAUGGAAAUAAUAAAACCCUAUUUUCUCAGGAGGACUAAAGAAGAAGUACAGAAGACAAAGUCGAACAUCCCAAAGGUCAGACCCACUGAAAAUAAUUCAGGUAUCGAUGCCAUCUGCGAAAUGCCUUCUCUUUCCAGGAAAAAUGAUUUAAUCAUUUGGAUACGUCUUGUACCUUUACAAGAAGAAAUAUACAGGAAAUUUGUGUCUUUAGAUCACAUCAAAGAGUUGCUAAUGGAGACACGCUCACCUUUGGCUGAGUUAGGAGUUUUAAAGAAGUUGUGUGAUCAUCCUAGGCUGCUGUCUACACGGGUUUGUCGUUUGCUACAUCUAGGGACUGCCAAAAUCUCUGGUCAAGAUGGAAAUGAGGAAGAUUCCUCAGAUGUGGAUGCCAUUGCUCAUGUAACUGAUGAUACACUGAUGAAAGAAUCUGGAAAAAUGAUAUUCUUAAUUGACUUGCUGAAGAGACUGCGAGAUGAAGGGCAUCAAACUCUAGUAUUUUCUCAAUCAAGACAAAUUCUAAACAUCAUUGAACGCCUCUUAAGGAAUGAGCAUUUUAAGAUACUGAGAAUUGAUGGCACAGUUACUCAUCUUUUGGAACGAGAAAAAAGGAUUAACUUAUUUCAGCAAAAUAAAGAUUAUUCUGUUUUUCUGCUUACCACUCAAGUGGGUGGUGUUGGCCUAACAUUAACUGCAGCCACUAGAGUGGUCAUUUUUGACCCUAGCUGGAACCCUGCAACUGAUGCUCAAGCUGUGGACAGAGUUUACCGAAUUGGACAAAAACAAAAUGUUGUGGUUUAUAGGCUAAUCACUUGUGGGACUGUAGAGGAAAAAAUAUAUAGAAGACAGGUUUUCAAGGGCUCAUUAAUCAGACAAACUACUGGUGAUAAGAAGAAUCCAUAUCGCUAUUUCAGUAAACAAGAAUUAAGAGAGCUCUUUACAGUUGAGGAUCUUCAAAACUCUGUAACUCAGUUGCAGCUUCAAUCUCUGCAUGCUGCUCAAAGGAGAUCUGAUAAAACCCUAGAUGAACACAUUACCUACCUACACUCUCUGGGAAUAGCUGGAAUUUCAGACCAUGAUUUGAUAUAUACACGUGAUCUGUCUGUUAAAGAAGAGCUUGAUGUGAUUGAAGAAUCUCAGUAUAUUCAACAAAGAGUUCAGAAAGCUCAAUUCCUUGUUGAAUUAGAGUCUCAAAAUACAGUGGAAAAACAAAGAACUGGAAAUGAGGGGACCUGGCCAGUAGCACCUUUAUUUUUUUCUCAAGCACAGAAGAAAUGCCCUGAAUUGAAGAAACCACAACAUUGGCCUUCACCUCUCACAACUACUCAUCCUACCCAGGAAGGUGUUAUCAGUUUUCAAAUGGCAAAUUUAAGCACUGAGGACCAAGACUUCUCCAGUAUAAAGAUGCAUAUGACCAUGAUACAAGAUAGUAUGCACUCAAGUGAAAAUACAUUUCAUACCGACUCUGUAGCUACUUUACCCAAAGAGUUUGGAACUGUAGAAGAAAUUUGGACUGACUCAUUACAGGGAACCGUAAAAAGCUUUGCUGUUGAAAAUGAAGCUCUGCAAAAAAAGUCAUUACAAGAAGAGCCUGAGCAAGAUGCACUGCAAGAGAACUCCUUGGGAAGUUUAAAUUAUUUAACUAGCCAAUCAAUCAAAGCUGAUCUUGCACCAAAUCUAGAUCUACAGGAUGAUGAGAUUUUACAUCACAAUGGUCUCUGGCCCAGCAAUCCCAUAACAAAUGAAAAUCAAACCACAAAAUCAAAUAUAUCUGUUAUUGAAAUAUCUAAUGAAUCGUCAGCAUCCCAUAGUGUACUGCAGGGUGCCCAAGCAAAUGAGGCCAAAUCAGAAGGGGAGCCUUUAGCAUCUUUACCUCAAUAUGCUUGUGACUUCAAUCUUUUCCUGGAAGACUCUGCAGACAAUACACAAAAUCUUUCCACUCAGUCUUUAGAGUAUGUUGAGAAAGAAAAUAGCUUGUGUGGCUCUGCAGCUAAGUCUAGUGCAGAAUCUGUGCAUAGUAAUUUGGAUUCUUCUAAGAAAGACAAUGACCCAGAAGAAGUGGUAGUUAAUGUUAAAAACAGAAGCAAAGCUAGAAGGAUCAUUUCAGAUGAUGAAGGUGAGGAUGAUUCUUUUAAAGGUACUUUAAGCACAAGUCCUUUCAGCACAUCUCUCUGUCAGUUCUCAUCUGUGAAACAGUUUGAUGCUUCUACUCCCAAAGAUGAUAGUCUACCUGGAAGAUUCUUUUCACCCAAAAUAUCUGAUAGUAUAAAUAAGUCUGUAAACCCUAGGAGAUCUUUAGCUUCUAGAAGGUCUCUAAUUAAUGUGGUUUUAGACCAUGUGGAGGAUAUGGAAGAAAGACUUGACAACAGCAGUAAAGCAGAGGGCACUGGAGAUGAUCUGGAGGAAGGAGCAGAAGAAAGCAGUGACAAAGCUUCAGAGCAUACAGAAGAUCCUUCUGCAGAAAGGCUGUUUGCAGAAAAUAAGUCUGGUGGGCUAACUGUGUCUAAGCCACUAGGCUCCAGCCUACUGACCUCUCCUGGUGCUCCUGACCCUUUGUCUGCUGGACCCAUGGUUGAUUCUCCCCAGGAUAAUGCAAUGGAGGCUGCAAAUGACUACGAGACUCUCAUAACUCGAGGAAAAGAACUGAAACAGUGUGGGAAAAUACAGGAGGCCUUAAACUGCCUAGUUAAAGCGCUUGACAUAAAAAGUUCUGAUCCUGAAGUGAUGCUUAUGACUUUGAGUUUGUAUAAGCAACUUAGCAACACUUGAA